GGAGGACUAGCAGGGAAGGGGCAGGAGGGGGAGAGGGAGGAGGAAGGGAAGGGACUUUCCCCAAAGAGUUGGGGGGGGGUCCUAGUGACAAGGCAGCUAGAGGGGGGGCAAGGCGAGUAAAAAGCCAGCGGCGAGGCGGCUGAGGGGGCAGUUUGACGGCGGAGAGUGGCGAGAGGAAGAGGCUUCGCCGAAGGGGCAGGCAGAGGACGCGAGAGCCGGCGAGGCGCCUCAGUCGGACGGGGCGGCGGCGGCGGCCGCUGAGGCAGCAACUUCUCCUCGCGCCUUUUCCCGCCUCUUCGCCUCCUCGCCUUUCCCGCCGGCCACCAUGAUGAUGAUGUCCCUCAACAGCAAGCAGCCCUUCGGCAUGGCGCACGGAGGUGGCGGCGGCGGCGGCCUCCACGAGGCCAAGUACUCGGCCCUGCACUCCGCGUCGCCGUGCACCUCGUCGGCGGCCGCCUCCGUGCCGUCGGCCAGCUCGCCCAGCAUCUCCAACGCCGGCAGCGGGGGCGCGGGCGGGCGCAGCAGCGCGCCCAGCAGCACCACCAGCAGCAACAGCACCUCGGAGGCCCUGCGCCGCGCCUGCCUGCCCACCCCGCCGAGCAACAUCUUCGGCGGUCUGGACGAGAGCCUGCUGGCCCGCGCGGAAGCCCUGGCUGCGGUGGACAUCGUCUCGCCCGGCAAGAGCCACCACCACCACCCGCCGCACCACAGCCCCUUCAAGCCCGACGCCACCUACCACACCAUGAACACCAUCCCUUGCACGUCGGCCGCCUCCUCCUCCUCGGUGCCCAUCUCGCACCCCUCUGCCCUGUCCGGCAGCCAUCACCACCACCAUCAUCACCACCACCACCACCAACCGCACCAGGCGCUGGAAGGGGAGCUUUUGGAACACAUCACGCCGGGGCUGGCGCUGGGUGCCAUGACGGGCCCCGACGGCUCGGUGGUCUCCACGCCGGGCCACGCUCCCCACAUGGCCAGCAUGAACCCCAUGCACCAGGCGGCUCUCAGCAUGGCGCACGCCCACGGGCUGCCCUCGCACAUGGGCUGCAUGAGCGACGUGGACGCGGACCCGCGGGACUUGGAAGCCUUCGCCGAGCGGUUCAAGCAGAGGAGGAUCAAGCUGGGGGUGACCCAAGCGGAUGUGGGCUCGGCCCUGGCCAACCUCAAGAUCCCCGGGGUGGGAUCCCUAAGCCAAAGCACCAUCUGCAGGUUUGAGUCGCUCACCUUGUCCCAUAACAACAUGAUCGCUCUCAAGCCCAUCCUACAAGCCUGGCUGGAAGAGGCGGAGAAAUCGCACCGGGAGAAGCUCACCAAGCCGGAGCUCUUCAACGGCGCAGAGAAGAAGAGGAAACGCACUUCCAUCGCGGCUCCGGAAAAGAGGUCCCUGGAAGCCUACUUCGCCAUCCAGCCGCGUCCUUCCUCGGAAAAAAUAGCGGCCAUCGCGGAGAAACUGGACCUCAAGAAGAACGUGGUUCGGGUCUGGUUCUGUAACCAGAGACAGAAACAGAAACGGAUGAAAUAUUCCGCUGGGAUUUAGAGUCUUUGGAAACCUUUCUGCUUAGAAAUUUUUUAAAAACCCCAGAAAAGUAAAAUAAUAAGUAAACACUAACACUGCAAGGAGACUUUUCCACUUCGAUUUCCGGAAGAGAAAGGAAGAGGCCAGAGUUCAUCAAGAGGGUCAGACUGAGACACACACACACUGAGAGAGAGAGACUUUGACUGGAGAAGUAAAUUGUCAAGUUGAGAAAGUUGGCAGCAGAAAUAAUUGGACUUGAAAGCUCAGACUUUUUGAGCAGGCAUCAAAGACAGACUGAUUGUGUGAAAGCAGAUAAGAAAUCUUUAUAAAGGACCGAAGACGUAUCAAGUAAGAGUUGUUUUUAUUCUUAAAGACAUCGUCUUUGUUCAGAUGUAAGAGUACCCUUUGCAGCUAUUUUUCAGGAAAAAAUAAUAAACCGAUUAGAGAGACUGAAACUUUAAUCUAGAGUUGAAACUUAUACCAUAAGAGAGGCGUCUCAAAAGUAUUUUGAUUUUUUUAAAAAAUAAGAUGGCAGGUUUUCUGCGAUUACACUGCAUAUUAUAAAUAUAUAUAUAUUUUUACUGUGGCUAUUAUCUGUUUCCUUCUCUUAAGUGAUAAUGUGGAAGGAAAGCGCUGAUCCUGCUGUGUUCACAGAUCUUUUAAGAGCUAUUAUUAGAUUACUGCCAAACAACCCCUUGUAAAUUAUUGAUUUAUCUCUCUAGUAACUUCAUUUUGUGCUCAUCCUAAUUAAUUGCACCUCUUUCAUCAAAGUCUAGAUAAAAAAAAAGUUAAAAGGAAAAAAGUAUGGUUAGUGUAAAUUCAUUAUUUUCCGUUGGUUGGUAGCGUUUACGAACUUUAAACUUUUUAUUACUAUUUAAAAAGGAGGAAUCCUUUUGGCCAUCUGUAUAUUUUCACCUGAAUUGAAACUGUUUCUCCAGCAAAUAUUUGUAAGGCGUUCUCACUCUAUAGUGGCUGUCCUGCGUUGUUUGUGUAGAAUGACUCACUUGUCCAAGGAGGUAUUUGUUGACUGCGUUACAUAUUUAAUGGGGGGAUUCCCCAGAUCGUCCCCACCACACGCUGCUUAAAAAGACGCCCCUUGAGUAGGCGACAGGGUGGUGGGUUCUGUUGCUUUUAGAUUUCCUUUCAUCUAAGUAGCUAUCUGUUCUAGAUUUCAACGCUAUUUCUCGUCAGUGUUCGGGUCUCCUAGUUACUCUUUAUUUCCUUUGAUUGCUAGAGGGUCUUUUUCUCUCGCUUUUGCAUUAUUUUCGGAGGUUUUGUUUGUAGAAAAGCCAAAACGAUAUUAGGGAGAGAAAAGGAGAGCGAGAGAGAUCGGGCGCGCAAGAGAUAAAAAGGGAGAAUGCACUGUUUGUAAAUUCACAUUGUUCGGUACAACUCUUUUGAAACAAACCCUCCCCGAGGUACUUAGAUUGUGGUACCGUUGUGUAUUGUAAAUAAUUCAUUCAGAAUUGACGCACAUACAGUUAUAUUCUUACAGAUUUCGCUGCAUUGCUGUUAUGUUCGAAAGGCUCUUUGAAGUCCUACUUCUGUACAUUAUGACGAUUUCUUUGGUUUUGUUAAUAGAAAGUUUAUUUAUUAUGGUAAUGUAUUGAUUUA